AUACAUCUGCGAUCUCUGGCCUCUGGGCUUCCUUCUAGACCACAGUGACACAGGACCCACGAUUCGAAAAAGACAGACGAUAGGCAGGCUGCUAUGAAAACAUCGAAAUGCAUUGUGCGAUGAUUUUGGUUUUUAAACCGAAUAACGUUUUUUUAGGCCUGUAUCAACAGUGUGUGUCCGCAGUUCUUUAGUAGUCACUGGAGUCCAUAAAGCCAAUUUUCUUACCACGAAGAGGAGGGGCUCUUGCCUCCUGUGUGAUGCUUGAUGUUGAGAAUAAAUAUUCAGUUGCAUAUCCACCAGACCGGCUAAAGAAGUCAACUGAAAAAACACUGACAGCGGCAGGAUGGCGUUUACCGUCACGGAGACGAUAAUUUACAAAUCCAACGAUGCUUUCUUUCCCCUUGAUCAGUUUUAUGGUAGCGUACUGUACCAAGACUAAUAACCAGAACCGCAUGAGCGGCUGCUGAGCGAGAAGCUGAACCAAAUCUAUAUCCAAGCCCGGGGACUUUUGCGGUAGACUCUUUUACAAACAUCCUUGAAGGUAUGUAAGCUAAUAACCAGACGACGGCUCCAUGAACUACAUUUACGUGCAGAAAAUCCGCCAAACAGAAAUGUGCUGAUAGGCAGUUGGCACGUCCUUCGCUUAUUCAAAUGUGUGAACGUAGAAUGUCAAUGUUUGACUGUAGCGUAUUCAGUCAGUAGGAUUCUCGGUUUUUAAUGUUGGUUAACUGUAAGGUUUACUUUUUUUGAAAGCCUGUAUGUGUGACUGAACGUAGCCUAUUCUUUUUCAUCACCAUGGACAGCGCAUGCAGAUGGAAUUGAGAGAAUGAUGCCAGGCAUCGUUUGCGUAAUUUUUUUUUUUUACAUAAUGUAGGCUAAUAUUUGGGAAAUCGGUGGAAUUGUGGCUUUUCAGACAUACAUUUAAUAAAUAUUUUGACUGUGUGUGGACUCGAAGGCAAUGAGAAGGUGACAGAAAUGCUGUUCUGUUUACCCGUCGGGAAGUGGACUAUUGAUCACCUCGGGACAAAUCCCUUCUCAUGCCGCGUUUUAAAAAGGUCUGAUUUUCCGGAUCAACUCAAUCUUGACUUCAGUGCACGUUACAGUGAACAGUUGCCUAGGUGCGGCCAUUAUUUCGGUGGCUACCUGGUAUACAAGGUAUGAGAUGUAAUUAGGCCAAACAUACAAUUUGAGGUGACCUAAAAUGGAUGUUGGGAGUUGGGUUCCGACCGCAGGAGAUGGAACUGUGAAUUUUACUCUAGCAAACCUGCUGGAUCCUCAGAACGCGUCUGGUCCAACCACACCGUUUGACGAUGCUCUCUCCAACGAGGUGACCAGGUUAGAUGGACACCAGCGCUACAUCACAGAGCAAGCCUACCGAGACUUCACCACUACGAUCCAAGUGCUCAUCCUCAUAGGAUCCCUGUUGGGCAAUAUAACCGUUCUGUGGUGUACCUGCCGUACCAGUGUCUUCAAGUCGGUGACCAGUCGUUUCAUAAAGAACCUGGCCUGCUCGGGGAUCUGCGCUGGCCUGGUGUGUGUCCCCUUCGACGUGGCCCUGGGGGCCAGCCCACGGUGCUGCUGGUGGCUCCACACUCUGCUGCUCUGCAAGGCCAUCAAGUUCCUCCACAAACUCUUCUGCUCCGUCACUGUGCUCAGCUUCGCCGCUAUUGCACUCGACAGGUAUUACUCUGUUCUCUUCCCUCUGGAGAGGAAGAUAUCCGACGUUAGGUCCCGUGACCUGGUUAUUUACAUGUGGAUCCACGCCACGGUCGCCAGCGUACCCGUGUUCGCGGUGACCAAUGUUACGGACGUUUACGCGACCACGUCUUGUUCCGCUGCCCAGGCCCACUCCCUGGGUCACAUGGUCUAUGUGUUGACCUACAACAUAACCACGGUGAUCCUGCCGCUGGUGGUCGUGUUUACGUUCAUGGUUCUGAUCCGCCGUGCCCUCAGUGCCAGCCAGAAGAAGAAAGUGAUUAUUGCGGCGUUGAGGACGCCCCAGAACUCCAUCUCCAUCCCGUACGUCUCUCAGCGCGAGGCGGAGCUACACGUCACCUUACUGGCGGUGGUGCUGGCCUUCUCGGCCUGCAGCGCCCCCUACGGGGCUCUGGUGGUGUACCGUACUCUUAUCGGGAACGCCGACGAUCUCUCCCCCUCUCUCCGGCUGACGGCCACCUGGCUUCCCAAGGUGUCUCUCCUCACCAACCCUCUGCUUUUCCUGACGGUCAACCGCUCCGCCAGGCGUUGCCUGAUGGACGUGCUGACCAGAGUCCACCGGCGCUACAGCCGGCGUAACAUGGUGAGCACCGGCGCCAUGGGCCUCGGGCUUGAGAGCGAAGGGGCGCCGGGCGGGUCUGGAGGAGGCCUGGAGGGCUCAGCGCGGUCCGGGAGCCAGCUCUUGGAGAUGUUCAAUAUUGGACAGCAGCAGAUCUUCAGGGCGACCGACGAAGAGGAGGAGGUGGAUAGCGACAAACCGUCUCUAGGGUCAGGGGUUGCCGGGGGCUGCUCCUCUCAGCCCAGAGAGAGCCACCAAGGAGUAGGCGGAGGACACAGAGAGGAGGUGGUGCUCCGAAAGGAGACUCAGCAGCCUGGAGAGAGCGUCGUAGUAAGGAGAGAACCUCCUCCUUCUUUACUCCCCAAGGUCUCCACUGUUCCGGUCCAGGCCUGCACUUACACCUCCUCCUCUCAGGUGGCGCCAGCCACUCCCACCGAGCCCGAGGACGUCGCCCAGUUUGGAUUCGGCCCGUUCGAGCUGCCGCCCCACUGGCUGCCGGAAACCAGAAAUAGCAAAAAGCGACUCCUUCCCCCGCUAGGCAACACGCCAGAGGAGCUGAUCCAGACCAAACAGCCACGCCCACGGCCAGAACGGAGGAUUAGCCGGAACAACAAGGUCAGCACCUUUCCCACCGUGGAUGGAUGAACCCUAAACCCUGACCUUUCACCUGUGAUUCCUCACCCCUAUUCACAGCUAUGGCUGGAGGUCAGCCAGAGGGCGCCCGUGGUAGGGGUCACAGUUGUCAUUUAGAUUUCAUGUCAGUGACUGGCUGGAACCUCUUGGCCCCCCCCUUUUUUUUUAAUGAAACGUUUUGAUCAAUUUGUCAGUAAUUAUUUACUGGGGAUGACUUGUUCUACUCUGAUUCUCAACAAAGAGCGAAAAGCAGUUCAUUUUGCAGGAAAAUUUGGAAACGGAAAAUAAGCAAACAACAGACACAACGAAGCAAGUGAAUGCCACACAAUGUUAUAAAAGCAGCUCCAGCCUUGUAUCCUGAUUUCCUGGUUGGGAUGUUCUCCGUUUUCCUUUUAUUUCCACCCCUAACAGAAGUAUUUUAUUGCUACCUGUACAGCUAACAGAUAACGGGAGAUGAAGCGUUGACCUUUAUGUUUUAUUAAAAAUGAUGAAUUUAGUCCAUCCAGUUCAAUCUAACUGAUUUCAAAGGCUGGACUUUGUUUAUUGGGCAUGUUUGGGAUUAGAUUAUUGGAAGGCCACAUUUUUCACUGUUUCACAUGUUUUAUGGAGUAACGCAGUCACUGGUUGAAUCUUAAAUAAGUCCUUGAUUUUGGGUUUGGCAUGUAUUCAAUACACUGGAUGUGUUCCCCAGAGGACGUUCUACAUUAACCUAACGUCUGACACGAUUAAACUGUCAUCAAGUGUGAAAUAAUACAUUAUUUUCUGUGUCACACCACGCCAUGUUUUUCUCUGGGAGCGGUUUUCCAUCAAAAUGUACCAGCAGUAUAUCAUUUGUAAAAAGAUUUUGUCAAGCCCGGAACUGUGGCCGUCUCCGUGUGGGAUCCACUUUUAUUUUCUCUUGAGUUAAAAUAAAAGCUCAACAUCUCUC